AUGGGAGCACAACACCGUUUCGAGCCAAUUUCUAGAUGCAGCACCGAGGGAAGAUCAAGCCAAACCGUGGCAGCAGACCUUGAUGGCACACUCCUUGUGUCACGCACUGCCUUCCCUUAUUACAUGCUUGUUGCAAUUGAAGCCGGCAGUCUUCUAAGAGGCCUAGUUCUGUUAGCAUCCGUCCCGUUCGUCUAUUUCACCUACCUGUUUUUAUCAGAGACCAUAGCAAUCAAAACCUUCAUCUUCAUUACACUUUCUGGCCUUAAAAUGAAGGACAUUGAGAUGGUGGCAAGGUCUGUGCUACCCAAGUUUUAUGCUGAAGAUGUUCAUCCAGAGACUUGGAGAGUUUUCAAUUCAUUUGGCAAGCGUUACAUAGUCACAGCCAAUCCCAGAAUUUUGGUUGAGCCUUUUGUCAAAAACCUCUUGGGUGCUGAUAAGGUUCUCGGCACUGAAUUGGAGGUGUCAAAAUCUGGGAGGGCAACUGGGUUUGUGAAAACACCAGGUGUUCUUGUUGGAGAGCUCAAAAGAGAGGCCAUUCUCAAGGAGUUUGGUACAAACUUGCCUGAUUUAGGCCUGGGAGAUAGAGAGACUGAUCAUGAUUUCAUGUCCCUUUGCAAGGAAGGGUACAUGAUCCCAAGAACCAAAUGCGAGCCAUUGCCAAGAAACAAGCUUCUAAGCCCAAUCAUAUUUCAUGAGGGCAGAUUGGUCCAAAGACCUACCCCCAUAGUUGCCCUAUUGACCUUUCUUUGGAUGCCAAUUGGUAUUCUUCUCUCCCUCCUUAGAGUCUACACAAACAUCCCAUUGCCUGAGAGAAUUGCAAGAUACAACUAUAAACUCCUGGGAAUUAACCUAAUUGUUAAGGGCACCCCUCCCCCUGCCCCCAAGAAAGGUCAAAGCGGGGUCCUAUUCAUUUGCAACCAUCGUACGGUUUUAGACCCCGUUGUCACAGCAGUUGCAUUAGGAAGAAAAAUCAGCUGUGUCACAUAUAGCAUAAGCAAAUUCACUGAACUGAUUUCUCCGAUCAAGGCCGUGGCUCUGUCUAGGGAGAGAGAGAAAGAUGCUGCAAAUAUCAAGCGUUUGCUGGAGGAAGGAGACUUGGUGAUUUGCCCUGAAGGCACCACUUGCAGAGAGCCAUUUCUGCUGAGGUUUAGCGCCCUGUUUGCAGAGCUUACUGACAGAAUUGUGCCUGUUGCCAUUAACACAAAGCAAAGUGUGUUUUAUGGGACGACAGUUAGAGGGCACAAAUUGCUGGACCCUUAUUUUGUGUUCAUGAACCCUAUGCCUACUUAUGAGAUCACCUUCUUGAACCAGCUGCCUGCAGAGCUCACUUGCAGAGGAGGGAAAUCUGCCAUUGAAGUUGCAAAUUAUAUUCAGAGGGUUUUGGCUGGGACUUUAGGUUUUGAGUGCACCAAUUUGACCAGGAAGGACAAGUAUGCUAUGAUGGCAGGGACAGAUGGCAGAGUUUCAUCACCCAACAAAGAAAAGGAAAAGGAAAAGGAAAAGGAAAAGCCAAAGGCCUAA